GAUACGGUAGUGUCGACAAAGUGUUUUUGGACUACGAACGACCAUUUUGGGUUUGGUCGAAUGGCAGUAUAAGAUUCGCCUGGUCCCAAGACGAGUUGCACAAUAGAACAGAUUGGACCAAGGGCUUGAGUGCUGUAGAAGAAGUUGAGGGCAGCAAACACGUUUUGUGCGCCUAUAUAAGCGGUCCAGAGGCUAUCGUGAUGGAAAACGCCACAGACGAAGAAGUUGCUGAAGGAAUCACCAAAGUUCUGAGACAGUUCACGGGUGACGCCUCUCUACCCUAUCCCUCCACGGUAUUCAGAUCUAAGUGGGCAUCGGAUCCCUACUUCUGCGGCUCCUACAGCUACAUGAACCUGAAUUCUAAUGUAGGCCACCAGUGCGAUCUGAGUUGUCCAGUUCCAGGGGCUUGUGACCCAGUACCUCCAAUACUCCUAUUCGCAGGAGAAGCCACCUGCGCUGGUCAUCAUUCUACGGUGCAUGGGGCAAGGCUCAGUGGGAUAAGGGAAGCGGAGAGGAUUCUACAACUGACAAAGAGAUACGGUGGUCCCCCACCGAAAGAUUGUGCUUGAAUAUAUACAUUUAUUUUUCCACUUAAGUAUACAUUUUUUUUGGUACUGUUUUAAACAAUUGGUUUUUAUUAUACUAUUCUAUAUUUACAACAAUAAUUUAAACUAACUCCUAA